AUGGCCGAAACAAGAAAAGGAAAACCUCGAAUUACCAAAAUCAAGGGAGAAAGCAACAGGAUAACGAAAUACAAAACUGCAAAAUCCAAACUUUCAAGGUUUAGACAAUUCCAGGAACGACGAUCCAAAUCCAAGCAAAUCGAACAUAAAGAUGAGCGGCGUCGUCAAGAGGCCGCAUCCAAAGAUACGAAAGUAACUGACACAAGCACAUACAACACUGAGAAUGUCUGCGUCAAGCCUCCUACGCCUACACCGUCGACGCCCAAAAACGUUGAGCCCGAGAGGGAAAGUCCCGAGCCUCCCUUACAAUACAUCCAGCCUAAUAAGAUAUUGCCGUAUCUCACGAAAAACAAAGGGUUCCGUAUUGACCCAAGGACGGGGUGCACCUGUGGAUGGUACGUCUUCCAGUCGGCAAUCUGCACCCACGAAUACAAUCGAUACCGACAUUGUUGUAGAGAUAAAAUGACCAAGUCAUGUUUGGAUGUUUUUUGCAAAUCGCCAGCUCGACAGAUUUUUAUCGACGAGGUUAAGAUCCCACGUCUAUGUUAA